AUGAGCACCUCAGCCACCUCGUACGCUCCGGCAGCCCCUCCGCCGUCUGUCCCGCGCGUCCACGACGCUCCCGCUCGCGAUGAGCGUGCUUGCCUGCACGCGCACCUCAACGACGUCGGGCGCAUCAAGACCCACCCUGCUGGGCUCCGUUCGAGGUUCCGCGACUUCUCAAAGCGCAACAUCGUCGCCGCCUACGCCCUCUUCCUCGUCCAGGGCACCCUCAACUGGCUCUCCGCCUUCAUCUUCUCGCCCGCGACCGCCUUCACCGAUCCCGUCAACACUCUGGCCACUUUGAUCAUCUACCCGGUCAUCAACAUCGUCCUCGGCGUGCUCGUCGCCGUCCUCUACGUCGGGAGCAAGUUGGGAGGAGGAUGGGUCAUUCAGCUCAUCUCGGACAACUACGCCGACGGCUACUCGAUGGCCAACUGGGCCAAUCCCGACAUCUUCUGCGCUUCGAGCCGCGAGGCGAUUGACGCCGCUCGUCCUUUCCUCACCGGCCAAGUCGCGACGACGAAGGCUCAGCAAGCUGACCCGGGCGAGCAGGAUGCCGACUUCACGCAGCUCAAGACCGUCCGCACCUUCUCGGUCCCGCUCGCCAAGGCGCUCCUCCUCAUGUCGUCAAUCGUCUACGAGCGCAACGACAAGCUCGUCAAGGAAGCCGCCGACAUCUUCGACCGCACUCAGAAGAAGUACACGCCGGGAACGCACGCCUACGACGUCGAGAUGAAGCGUGCCGAGGAGAAGCUUCUCGAGAGCGAGGCCAAGAUCAAGGUUCAGGCUGCGAGGUGGAACCUCGCCUACGACGGCAUCUCGGACCUCUCGACCGUCUCCGGACCGUUCGCGUCCAUCUUCUACACGCCGCUCGGGUCGUCGGACAGGCCCUUCAUCGUCCUCUGCUUCAAGGGCACGACGCCCGUCCAGUUCUCCGAGUGGCUCGUCGACGCCACCAUCUCCAAGACCUCGGCCGCCGUCUUCUUCGGUCCCGGCUCUGGCAAGGCUCACUCGGGCUUCUACGACGACCUCUUCGUCCGCAACGACGGCGACGGAGGCUCUGACGGCUACGGAUCCAUCGUCCGCACCCUCCGCCACAUCGCCGGCAGGAUGAAGGCGAACAGCAAGUACAGCCAGACCGAGCACAAGAUUCCGCUCUUCGUUACGGGCCACUCGCUCGGCUCGGCCCUCGCCUCGCUCUGCUUCGCCCGCUUCCUCGCCUCGGAGAAUGACCUCGGCGCGGACCUCGACCUCAAGGACUGCUACGUCUUCGGCACUCCGCGUCUCGGCGACGGCGACUUUGCGAGCGCCUUCGAGCACAACCUCACGACGGCGCUCGACCGCCCCAACAUCCUCUGGCGCGUCAGGAACCACGUCGACAUCGUCUGCUCCGUCCCCCCCGGCGUGACCGACGCCGAGUCCCUCCGCGGCACCGUCUCGUCCUCGUCGCUUCUCAACUACGCUCACAUCGGCCCCGAGAUCCGCCUCUUCCCCGUACUCCCGUACAGCCCGCCGUACUGGAAGGCCAACGAGCUCGGCGCCUUCCACGAGGCCACGGAGGUUCAGGUCACGGGCGGACAUGCGAGUCAGCAGGAGUUGAUGCAGCAGGGCGGAGGGCUUGACUUGAGGAGGACGAGCGCGAGGGUCGGCGCGAUCGAGGGCUCGAGGGGCGGGAAGAACUGGCUUCGCUGGGCGAUGGCGGCUCUCCCGUCGCCUUUCUACGACCACCUUUACUACGCGCACCUCUCGAACCUGAUCAACUCGUCCCGCUCGACGCCCAUCUCGUCCGGCCGCCUCGCCGCCUCGCUCAACGCCUUCGCCGACCAGACCGUCCAAGACGCCAAGAACCUCUCUGACUUUUUCGGUGUCGAGGCCGGAAAGGCGGAGGAGGUCGUCAAGAGCGGUGUGCAGCGCAUGAAGAGCGAGGCGCAGCAGAGGUUCUAG